AUGGACAAACAUUCAGGCAUUGAGGGCCAGGAAAUGGGAGUUACCGGCUCUUCUAACUUCAGACCGGCUACUGGAGCCAACUACGAUGCCUCUCAGUGGGCUCUAGUCCCAACCACGACCGAGAUUAUUGCUGACCCCAUCCCAAGCCAACGAAAGCGCGAAGAAGGGCAGCCCGCUAUCCUGAAGCCGUCGCCAAACUUCAACUACCUUACCAAUCUCAUCCCUAUACUCCAUUCGAUACCGCUGUUCCGAAAUGCGCUGCUGUGCCCGGGCGUACUACAAAAUGAUUACUGGCAGGGCGACAAUUGGUGGAAAGGCAAUCCCACAGCGACCGCGCGCAUCUUCGAAGACGGCACUGGACUUUCGGAAGCUUACAACCUCGAGAUACUUCACGAGGCACAGCGACUCAUGGCGUUUUUAGAUAAUACAGACCGUAUUUACGGUUCGGUCAACGGACUGCUCGAGUCGGAGGCUUGGAGAGAGCAGCCACCACUUGAAGACCCGGACGAUGAUUUGCUCAAGUUCCUGGUGACGUGGGGUUUCGCGUUCCAGAGCCAGGUCCCGAACGCCGAUUUGAACGGUCAUCUCAAAUCUACCGUCGAUGUCGCUGGAACCACUCAGGAGAGCUUUGUGCUUGACGCCGCCGUCACACGCAAUAAUCUUCGGCCCGACUUCAACUUAUACGAUGUCCUAGAUGAUACACUCUUCGCUUCGGCUGGAGCCAGUGCGCAUAUUCGCGAAGCGAGUAACGUGCUGAUACUCCGUCUGACCUCGUCGAAUACCCAGGCAUCUGAUCUGGGAUGCCGGAUUCCAGCCACCCUAUACAUCGAUCGGUACCUCGAGAAGAACAAACACGUCAUCGAUAGUAUGUACAGCGAGAUCACGCAGCAUGAGGAACAACUAGUCUCGCUCAAGACGCAGGUGGAGAGACUGAAGUACCACACCCCGAAGAAAGCAGGCGCAAAGAAAGUUGAGUCGCUGCAACUGCUCAAAACCAGCAUGACUGCGUUUGAGCCUGAAAGUUCUGGUGGUUCUCCCAAGGAUGCAGAAGUACUGGCCCAGCUGCAGGAGCUUUACAACAGCAUCGAGGGCAAGCUUGCAACCUUGGAAAAGCAGACCGAACAAGCGCAGAAGGCGAUUUUCGGCAUCUCUGGACGAUUCAAGCCGCGCGUAGACGGUAGCGCUGACGAAGCCGCAACCAUCGACGACCAAACUAUGGACACUACGACCGAGAUGACCGAGAAGGUGGAAGAGCAGGCCUCCGAGCCCGUUGAAAUCGUCUACCCCGAAGGCCAGACCCCGGAAGAUGCCAUGAAACGCCCAUACCAACUCUGGGGCGUAGCUACGCGUCGGGACGUAGUCUACGUGCGCCACCCAGACAUCAAAUCCGACAUCCCCAACGCAACCCAAUGGUGGCGCAUGCAAUACGACAGCGAAUCCGCUAAUCCCGUGAUCCGCCGCGACCCCCUCUCCCUGCAAGAAGUCAUCGAGCGCGCUACGACCGAAGCCGGCUCCGCCCUGCUCGUCUACGCGAACGAAGACGCUACUGCCGCCGAGCCCCUGCCGCUGCCCAAACCCCUUCAAGAUUUCGCGAAAAAGGAUAAUCUCAACUUCCUCCACGAGUUACAGGAGAAUGCUACGGGAUGGGAAGGUUAUGGCGAUUACGGCAAUACAGCGACAGGCGGGUGGGAUGACACCAACCCCCCUGCCUUUGAAGAUAAUGGUUGGAGUGAGAUCAGCGCUAAAGAGUUCAACAGCAGCAGCCGUCCGCGCAACGAUUCAAACAUGAGUUCCGCGACGCUAACACCUAAUACGGAAAUCGACGACGACGCGCAUGUUACGCAGGAAAUGGUCGAGACGAACCGUGGUGGUGCUGGGACCAUGAGCAGCGCCAGUAGCGAGACGGUUGGUCGCGGCGAUGACCUCAUGGAUAUUGAUGCCGGGACGAAUGGGAAACUGCAGAGUCAGGUUCGGUUCUCGGAUGUGGAUAUGGAGGAUGUGGAUAGUCAGGAGAGGGCGAGGGUGCAGCGUGUGGAUAUUUCGGAGAAAAAGGGUGGUUAG